AUGCUACCACGACUCUUUAAGAAUCCUGCCCGGAUCAUCAAUAUCAUCAAUACGGAAGACCGAAUUAUUCCACCCAAUGGAACAGUUUGCCUAACUCUAAAGAUUGAUGAACGCUUGAAAAGAAACGAGUGGGUAUGCAUCAAACCAACUGAGGAUCACGCGGUGAAGUGUAUGACAACAGCAUUUCAACCUUGGCCUCAUGCCUCGGUAGCUUUCAUCAACAGAUCAAACGAGGAACUCCAUAUCACCGCACAAGAAAAUAUUGGACAAGCCUCAGUCUUUAAAAUACCUUCUUACGACAGGCCAAUCAAGGAACCUUAUAUUCCACCUGAAGCCGACUGGGAAGCACAAUUACCAUGCUUUCCUCAGGACUUCAUGAAGGAUCUAAGCCUCACAGAUGCCGAUCUGUCCAAGCAGCAGAAGAUUCAACUAAAGAACGUCAUUCUCAACAACAAAGCAGCUUUCCUAAAUGAAGAUAGGAACAUCGGACUCUUUACUGGACCCAUGGAGCAUUCGAUCCCGUUGAGAACAGACAUGGACAUGCCGAAAUCUCGAA